UCCCAUGCUUCCACGGCCCCGUACAAUAAAUUUUGUGAUUUUUUUGUUAGCAUUUUUCCCAGAAAUACAAGAGAAAGUAUAUAAAGAAUUGUUAGAAAUUUAUGGCACAAAAAACUCCAAAGGAUACACCAUUAAAUAUGAAGAUUUAGAACAUAUGCAUUAUUUGACUUGCGUUAUUAAGGAAACUCUAAGACUUUUUCCCACUUUUCCUAUAAUUGGACGAUAUCUAGAGGCAGACUUAAAAAUAGGAAAUAAUGUUGUUCCAAAAGGUACCAAUAUUGGUAUAUCAAUUUUCCAAAUGCAUCGAGACGAAACAUAUUGGCCGAAUCCAUUAAAAUUUGAUCCAGAGAGAUUUCUUCCGCAAAACUUACAAAAUUCUCAAUUAUUUUGUUACAUGCCUUUUAGUAGCGGGCCAAGAAAUUGCAUAGCUGAAAAAUACGCAAUGAUAAAAAUGAAGGUUAUUCUGGCAACGUUAAUAAGAACGUUUGUUUUUAAAGUAAGUGAAACCGACAAAAUUGAGAUCGACAAAAUUAAAUUAGACAUGAAUGUAGAAUUAAUCACCGUAGAGCCAUUAAAAAUUAUAGUCGAGAAACGAAAUCUAUAACGUACAAAAGUGUUGAACAAAGAAGAACAUAUAAUAUCCGAAA